UUUUAGAUUUUACCCCUGACGAUGCCGCCGAGUGCCGGACGUUCAUCAGAAGCCAGCGUGGGGCUCCUCUGUUGGCCCUUGACAAUUUUAUCUACCGGUGCGAACGGGUUCGAAAAACGCGCUCCUAUUGGUUGUGCAUCCGUUACAAGAGCUCCAAGUGCAAUGGUCGCGUGAUCUGCCAGGGCAACAAGAUUCUCAAGGUCACACAUCACUGCCACGUGAACGACGAGCAGCGCAUCAACUCGUCGAUUCUAGAGGAAACGGAUCUGUCCAGCAUCAAUUUAGAGGCGUGGUACAAGCAGACCAUGAUGCACAAGAAGCAUGAGUCGAAGCGAAAAUAAAAAUUAUACAUUCUAGUACUUCGCUGAUUAUGAUUGAUAUGUCUCAAACCCAUGCUUUCUAUUCUAUUACUUCGCUUAUGAAACUAAUGAAAACUUUUUUCGUUGUAGCUUACAUAACGACUACUACCACCACAUCUAGUAAUACACUAGUCGAAAGCCAGAGUGGAGUGCAGAGUGUCUACUAUCGGAACGAUUUGCGGGACCAGUUGUAUCCGGAAGCCGUGCAAUACAUCCGAAGCCGCCGUGGGCACCCGCUGCUAGUGUUCCGAGGGUACAAAUUUCGCCGGAAUGGCGGCUGCAAGGAGAAGGGCUACUGGCGGUGUGCUUCGUUUUGCAAGUGCCCUGGAAGAGUUACUACCGUCGAUGGGACCAUCGUUAAGUACCACGUGCACAAUCAUGAACCGCCUUUCAAAGAAUCCGCCGAGUUGUUCUAGGAUUGGUGGAGGCACAAUUUCGAUUAAAUGUAUCAUAAUGAAUGAUUAUGAUGAACAAACAUAAUAAAUCUCCUUUAGAAUAUUUUAUAGACCAUGAGAAUUUUGAUAUUAGAGCAGAAGUUAGAAUCAGUUGAGUAAAUUGCGUCUUCUGUUCCUAUUUAUAGAAUGGGAUCAUCAAGGUUUCCGGGCGCUGGAGAAACAGGUGUUCCUUGCCCACGACAUUGCCAACAGUUGGAUGGCCAGCGAGCAAAUCAGUUACUGCCAGAGCCAGCGUGGAAGGCCUUUGCUUAUAUUUCUGGGCUACCGGUUCCGUCGAGAGAUGGUGAAGCAAUACAAAACCUACUGGAGAUGUCUGGUGGACAAAUGUCCCGGGCGGAUGAUAACAAUGCUUCCAGGGGAUACGCUGCUGGAUUGGAUUUCAUUUUCAGUCAACGAGGACAUCCUCUGCUGGUUGUUGAUAACUUCCUAUAUCGAAAAAAUCGAGGGCAUUACUGGCGCUGUAUUCGAUGUACCAAGUUCAAGUGUCGCAGUCGACUGAUUGUGAAGCCUGGUCAGAAACCUGCUCGUAUCGAAGAUCACUCGCAUGGGCCGGAAACGGAGAAGAUUAGUUGGGGCCGGACGGUGAUGGAGAACGUGAAAUCUCAUGAGCAGGGGGAUAUCGUUUUUCGAAUGCGACAACCGCACUGCAAAGUUGAUUAUGUGAUAAAUCCAGAUAAAGAAUAAAUCUCUGCCAGCCAUUCUAGAAGCUCUUUUAUCGUUUCAGUUACUGCGAUUCCGUACUGUCCUCCUGCGUUGGGCGAUCGCAAUCCGGUUCCGAAGGUGUGGUACUCCUUUCCACUGUGCUACGUUAUCAAUCGACGCGGAACAAUGAACCUGCAUUUCCGAGGGUAUAUCUACAUCCAAAAAAAGCGGCACAACCGCACAAUGAACUGGAUCUGCAACAAGAGCAAUACGACACAAUCGAGCUGUAAAUCGAGGAUAUCCACCGAGGGCAACAACAAGAUCCGCUUUGGAGUCCACUGGCACAAUCAUGGACCCGUGGAUAUGAAUGAACUGUUGUGAAAUAAAUAGAAUUGAUUGAA